AUGCUUCAGAUUUGGGGACUCGUUCUCUUCUAUGGCCUGCUCACACAGAGUUCAGCCCAACUUGAAGCCAUCCCUGUGCAUCCUCCUAAUGUCCUGAACAGCCCUGGGUCUCUUACCCAACCAGAUCUCCUCUCAGGCUUAUUAGGUGGUCUAACAAAUGGACUUCACAAAGCAAAUGUGCUUGGUAUUCUCCAAAAUCUUCCCAUCUUGGAUACCCUGAAAUCUGUGGGAGGUUCAUCAGGAGGUCUCAUUGGAGGUUUACUACCCAAACUAACCUCAAUAAUUCCAGGACUACAGGAUUUAAUUUCGAUCAAUGUCACCAAUCCUGUCCUCCUGGAACUCGGGCUAGAACAAUCUCCUGAUGGACACCGACUUUUUGUAACGAUCCCUCUUGGAAUGGUCCUGGAACUGAAAACAUUCCUGACUGGUGAACUUCUUAAGCUGGAUGUUAAACUGAAUAUCAUAGUGGAAGUCAUCGCAGUGAGAGAUAAAGAUGGAAAAAUCCACUUGGUUAUUGGGGAUUGUAAGCAUGACCCUGGCAGCUUAAAAAUCACUCUUCUGGAAGGGGUUGCACCAUCUCUAUUGCAAGAACUUAUAAACACAGUGACAAAAACUCUGAUUGAACAACUUCCACAUCUAAUUCAGAAAGAAAUCUGCCCUCUGCUUAAUGAGAUCCUCGGUAAUCUGGAUGUUACCUUGAUACAUGAUGUGGCUGAACUAUUAAUCCAUGGACUUACACUGCAUCUUAAAUUGUAAACUUUCUCAAAAGAGACCAAUCCUAUCUUCAAGUAGGACCCCCAACAGAAGAGACCAGGGCUCCUGUGUUGGAUUUGCACUAGAUGAGAUAAAACACACUUGAUUUACUGGUGUCCAUGAAGUUUCUCUUCCCUACACCUGGAUCCAUUCUCCACAUCUGAAGCUUCUUUGUGGGCAUCCUGUUCUUUUUUCUGAAUUUUCCUUAUAAUAAACUUCUCCCUAUCCCUGCA